AUGCUGGGACGUCGAGGGUUUUCGAGCUAUCGAGCUGCUAUGGCAAGGACCCGAUUUACAAAGCCAAAGCCUGCUCCUCCAAAACGUAAGAAUGUCAGAUUGCCAACGCAGAUGACGCACCAUAGUAACAAUUUAAGAAUAACGUCGCCAAUUCCACCGGCUACGAAUAAUUUGCAGUGUCCAGAUGAUCAUCCAUUGUGGGAGUUUUUCAGUGACCGGAAAUUUAUAAGAGAAGAGGCUGCCUUAGACAGUAAUGCCAGAUCCUGGACAGUUCAAGAGCUUAGAAGGAAAUCAUUCAAUGACUUACACUCACUAUGGUACUCGUGUUUGAAAGAGCGAAAUCGUCUUGCAAGGGAAAUCCAUUUGCUCAGGUCAUCUCUGGGCUCCAAUACAGAUGUUUUUGAUUCCAUUAAUGAGAAAGUUAGAACUACUAUGUGGAGAAUAAGGCAUGUACUCAGUGAAAGAGAUCAUGCUUUUCAAAUUGCAAACAAGGAAUUUGGCAAUGAGACAAAAGAGUUCAUAGUCGAGUUUGAAAAAGAAUUUUUGGGAGCCGACAAAGAUGACACUAUCAUCUGGGACCAAUUGAGCCGAUUUCAAUUCGCCAUCUUCGGUAUUAGUGAAAUCAUUGAAGAUAACGUAGUAGAUAGCAAAUUUAUUCAAGGGUUAAAGUUUAUUGCAAGUUUGAAAUUGAAAAAAUUUAGUCAAUCUAAUGGUGAAAUUGAAGAAUAUGCAAAAAAGUUGGGCGAAAUUAGAGAGGUGAGUGAAGCGUUUGUCUUAUUCACAGCAGAAAAUGAUCCAGAGUCUAUGCUAGAGGCUUGUAAAAUUGUGACAGAUCUCAGAGAAACAGGUAAUUCUGUGACCAAAAAUGAUGAAAUUGAAGUAGUAUCGAAUUACCUCAAUGAAUUAAUUAAAUCUCAGGAAGAAAUAAGUGAAUGA